UCUCGGCAGUUACAGAAUGUUGAGUGAAAUCCAUUUCAUGAAGAAACCAAGAAAAAGGAUGCCAUCCUCCGACAAAACCAGCACGGUGCUAUCGCCAAUAGACGGCCUGACCGUAGAUAUCCGCAAGAAGCGUCACCAUGUCAGAGUAGACGAAACGGUUUUUGUUGAGGAAAUCAAAAAGCGAUCCAUUCUCUACGAAGGCGCAAUGGUGAGAAGUGGAAACACCGCACUGCGGAAUGAAGCAUGGGGCGAGGUGGCGCAAAUCAUGAAUCUAUCGGUGCAGGAGUGUAAGAAAAGGUGGCGCAGCAUGCGCGACGGAUUCCUUAAGCAAGUUCGCCAAAAGUCCGAGGAGGAUCGCAAAUCUUGGAUUCACUAUAGGUUACUGGAGUUUUUGCUCCCCUUCAUUGGUGGCUUCAUCCCCAAACAACAUGCGAAUGUUUAUGGUCAAGGCGAAGACGAAAGCGAUAGCAUAGACUAUCUGGAAGCGGACAGUGAUGUGGAAUUGGAUGAGGACGCACCGAUGACGGUUUCGUACGUGACGGAAGAUGGCAAAGAACUGUUCCAAGUUUUGCAUACUUCCAGCAUGCCUCCGCUUCCCGAUACGGCCCUCAUCAGUGUGGACAAGUUCAGUAACGCAGGCCAGGAGGCAGGCCAAAUAGUUGAGAAGAUGUUGGGCAACACAUUUUUAACGCAUUACAACGAGAGUCAUGAAGAUGAUUUCGCUGCAACUAGAGAGGAGGAACAGGAAGAAGUGGAUUCACUGAACACACAUGUCUACGAGGAGCACAUCGAAUCAACGGAGAUCUUGGAGCAAGAAAACCAGGAUCAGAUGCACAUUUCCGAAACUGAUAAUGAAAGUUUCACCGACGAACACUAUUUGUCGACACCGCAGCACGUGUCUGAUUUGGAUGAUGAAGGUUACGUGUGUGUAUCGGAAAGACGAAAAUCGUGUGCCCAAUUAGAACCUCAAGAGGAAAGGCUGGAUCACAAUGUACUACCAGGUUAUCGAAUAGAGGAACAGUUCCCUGCCGCUUCGCUUCCCGGGGCACCAGAAUCUUCGCCCCGUUCCAUAGCAGCAUGUUCUUCGAUUCAGCGCGAAAUAACGAAAAAAACGGAUGCACGCCUUGGCAUUACCGAUCCUGACGAACGGUUUCUGAUGUCCUGUGCUCCGAUUUUGCAACGAUUGCCGAACAAAAAAAACCUUCUCGCACGCCUCAAAAUACAGCAAAUGCUGUAUGAGCUGGAGUACGAAGAAAAAUACAACUACGACGGCAGCAGCUGAGCGG